CUUGGUUCUUGGGGUCAUAUCAGUGUUCCAUCGCGCGAGUGAGUGCUGAGUCAUGCGCCCAGGCCAGGCAAACAGUGCAGUGCAGCGUUGGUAUAUUAUAUAAGUAGUAAGUACUGCGGUAGACAGACCAGUGCCCACCAUCUUCCUGCAAGGCACACACACACGCGCGACCGGCUCCUUCUCUCGUUGUAAGAUUCAAGUAUCUUGACCCUCACAGCAAGCGAUGGCAGAAGCUCCCCUCCUCAUGCGUCUCGUGUCGGCGUCCGUCGCCGUUGCCGACCGCGCCGGCGUCAUCAUCCGCGACAUCAUGAAGAAAGGCGAGCUGGGCAUCGUUGAGAAGGAAGGCAAGCACGACCUGCAGACAGAGGCCGACCGCUCUGCCCAGCGAUGCAUCGUCGCCUCGCUCUCCAAGCAGUUCCCCAAGGUCGCAAUCAUCGGCGAGGAGACGCUUGACCCGGCGGACGUCAUCCCCGCUGAGUACCUGGAGGAGGGCGCGACCGCUGAGGUCCUCUCCAAGACCUGCCCGGCGAACAUGACCAACGUGCGCGACGAGGACAUCGUCGUGUGGGUGGAUCCGGUCGACGGAACAGCCGAGUACACGCAGGGCCUGCUCGACCACGUUACCGUUCUCAUCGGCGUUGCCGUCGCGGGUCGCGCUGUCGGCGGCGUCAUCCACCAGCCGUUCUACAACUUCAAGACGCCCGGCGCCACGCUCGGACGCACCAUCUGGGGCAUCAUCGGCGUCGGGACGUACGGCGUCGAGAAGGUGCUGCCGCCUGCCGGGAAGCGCUUCGUCACGACGACGCGCUCGCAUCCGAACCAGACGGUGCGGGAUUCCGUCGCGGCGAUGCAUGCGGACGAGGUCAUCCUGGCGGGAGGCUGCGGACACAAGGCGAUGCUCGUCAUUGAGGGAGUCGCCCACGCGUACGUCUUCGGCAGUCCCGGCUGCAAGAAGUGGGACACGUGCGCUCCGGAGGCGAUUCUGCAUGCGAUGGGAGGCCGGCUGACGGACAUGCACGGCAACGACAUCCUGUACCACGCCACCGUGAAGAAACCGAAUGCGGGCGGGGUGCUGGCGACGAUGAGCGACCACGACUGGUACGUGAAGCAAGUGCCCGAGUCCGUGAAGGCCGCGCUCGUGGCGUAGUGACGACAGACCGAUCAAUGUCAAUCAAUACAUGAUCAACGUCAAUUAAUACUCGAUCAACGUCAAUCAAUACAUGAUCAACGUCAAUCAAUACUCGAUCAAUGUCAAUCAAUACACGAUCAACAUCAAUCAAUACGCGAUCAAUGUCAAUCAAUACACGAUCAACAUCAAUCAAUACAGGAUCAAGAGGUGUGCUGCGCCAACUCAUGAUCAGAUUCGUAUUAGACACUCUAAUACUCCAGGAGUGCUUGGCAUGUUAUUCUGAACUAGGACCUUGACUAACAGGUGUGCGCCAACCCAUGAUCAGAUAGAUUCGUAUUAUACACUCUUACUGCGAGAGUGCUUGAAGCAUGUUGUUAUUCAGAAGUACAACGAAUGCACGCUCAAGGUCUUUUAGUACAUAUUGUACGGAUAUUUUCAGUUAGAAACGUAGAAUUGGCACCUUUGUCAAUACAUAGUAUAAGGCUGAAAGGCAACAAUGCCGGCACCGCUUUGUGGGCAAAUAGGGAACAUUGUAAACAUUCCUGCAACUUCUAAUGUGAUAAUUAAAUAAAGCAUUAAUUAACAUGAAUUAUUGUCUAUACAGUUGUGUGUAUUCAUUACAUUUCUGUUAAUAAACAAGCAGGGGUUUCCCCUGGCCUUUAAU